CGAGAAGCGAGACACGGUCACAAAGCCUACCAAACACCUAUCCAUGUGGGAAAUAUAGCUAUAGCUCAGUGCUGAUGGUGCCUCCCAAGUUUCUCACCUGCGUACUGUCGCGGAAGCCAUGCCCGUGUUGUAAAGGAACGAUUGAGGUUGGGGAGGAUGCGUGGCCAAGCAAAUCGGGCUACAUGCAUGCCGCGUGUGCUCUGGACCUGGAGGCACGAGGAGAGCUGGUGCUGCAGCCUCCGCCUUGCAAGCACUGGGCGCGGCGGGGCUUCUGCGCCCUGCAUGACGAGGGGCGCUGCUUCUUCAGUCACCCGGCUCAGUUGCAAGAGACUGUGACGCCGCUGGCGCCGCAGCAGCCCAAGCAGCGGCGCGGCCAGCAGCGUAGCCAGGGGCAUCAGGCCAUUCCACAUCUGGAACAGCAUCAUGGCACACCGUCAGCUCACCCUGCAGAGACUUAUGAGUGCUCUCAGCAGCAGGGGAAGGAGCAGACAGCAGGGCAUGUGUCACUGGCAGCAGGCAGCGAUGUCUCCUUUCCGUCGCAGCCUGGCGUUCGAACCACAACUGCACGCCGCAACCGCGUGCGUAACCGGUUUCGUGUCUCCGUAUUUCGAAGCUGGUUGCUGGACACGUUCGGAGCGGACUACCUUUCAAGCGGUUCGGGCGUGCUGGAUGUGGCGGGAGGCAAGGGCGAGCUGGCGUUUGAGCUGCUGAACCUGAACAGCGUGCCCGCCAGUGUGCUGGACCCGCGACCCAUGCAGCUGCAGCACUACGUGAAGCGGCUGCAGGACGGAUUCUAUCACUUCAGCCGGGUGUUUGAAAAGCACAACGGAAUCUGCGCUGGCGCCGGCGGCCCGGGGCUUGCACUAGCAGCAGCGUCUGAGGCCGCAAUCACUACGAUGGCUGCACUGGAAUCAGAUUCAAGUCCAGGCCCCGCAGGUGACGGCGCCGCCGAGUGCAAGAGUGGCGGAGACAACGCUAGCGGCGGCCGGCGGAGGUGGCUACCGCGUGAGGCGCGCACCCCAGGCCACAUUCGAAUGUUCCUUACAGACCAGGUGGUUGAGGCGGUGGGGCGACUGGCCGUCCUGCAGCGGGAGGGCUGUGGCGGCGCCAGCGGCAACAGCACUCCCGAGUGGGGCGCCGCCAUGGCCGCGGCGACCGCAGCGUUCCUGGAGAGCCGCGACAGGGCGAAGCAGGUAGAGUGGACGUGCAAAGGCUUCGCAGCGGCUGAGGGCCACGAGGAGGAGCCGACACGGGUGCUGCCGGCAGGCCACUGGCGGCAGCGCCGUGAGGCGGCGGUGGGGCGGCGCUGGCGCCGGCUCCACGUCAGCGGCGGGCAGCGGGCGCAGCAGGCGGAUGACGGAAGUGCUGGUGUGGAUGAUGAGGGCGAGCAUGAGGCAGAGGAAGAUGACUCGGCAAGCGACGUGGAGCGAAGCGGGGACGGGUCGAUCUCAGCGAGCAGUACCGGCUUUCAGGGACAGCAGGGGGACCAUGCUGCGUCUCUGGAGCAGCUGGAUCUGGGCUCACAACAGGACUUUGCUGGCGCAGCAGCGGCAUGUGAUGCCCUUGGGACGGACCCGGAGGCAGAGGCGGAGUCUCGGGCCUGGGCGGAGGUUGCGGUGCGCUGCCUUCUGGACUGCAGCGUGGUGGUCGCCAUGCACCCUGACCAGGCCGCCGAGUUCGCUGUGCGCCUGGCCAUGGCUGCCGGCAAGCCCUUCGCGUUGGUUCCCUGUUGCGUGUACGCAGCUGAGUUCCCGCGCCGCAAGCUGCGGUCGGGCGAGCAGGUCCGUAGCUACGCUCAGCUGCUCGCCUAUCUGCAGGAACUGGGCGGUGGCGCGGACGGGGAGGUGGUGGCGCGGGAGCUGCCGUUCGAGGGCAAGAACGUAAUGCUCUAUCGCUGCUCAACUCCCGGCGCGCCUGAUGGUGGGAGCUAAGAUUGCUUACAAGAAUAAGCGAUGCUGGCAGCAAGGAGGAACCAGGAGGAGAGCGAGACGAGCCCGGGACAGUCAGCGACAGGCCCUCGUGAUCUCUUCUCCCUGCUCUG